CCACAAUAAUAAUGAUCAAGAAAACCUUUUAACCAAAAAAAAAAAAAAAACACCUAGAAUAAAAAUUAAUUUUCAUUCGUCCACUCGUGUUUGACAGAAGAUCUUCAAAAUGUACAAGCGCGUACGGCACAAAAAUACAAGGGUGUUAUCGUCAUUGCACACCGUAUUUACUCGGUUUCCUCCUCAUUUCUGGGCAAAGAGAUUUGACAGAAUGUAAAAUGAACAGUUGCUCCACCACUACCGAACCUGUAGGUUCGUUUGGGUCUCUCUCUGGUCGGUGUCAGGGGCAAAAUCGGAAAUCCAAGUCAUAUAAAACUCAGCCUUGCUCUGUCUUUGCUCUGACCAUUGUCCUCGCCAUUUCACUCGCUCAUCUGUGUCUGAAAGUCUCUCCUCUCCAGAGAAAGUGAGAAUGGUGAAGAUAUGUUGCAUUGGAGCCGGUUAUGUCGGUGGACCAACCAUGGCAGUCAUUGCUCUCAAGUGUCCAAACAUUGAAGUAGCCGUCGUGGAUAUCUCUGUACCACGUAUCAACGCUUGGAACAGCGACCAGCUUCCAAUCUACGAGCCUGGUCUCGACGACGUCGUUAAGCAGUGCCGUGGCAAGAACCUCUUCUUCAGCACCGACGUUGAGAAACACGUGAGGGAGGCGGAUAUCGUCUUCGUCUCCGUCAACACACCGACCAAAACCAGGGGUCUCGGUGCUGGCAAAGCCGCUGAUCUCACUUACUGGGAGAGCGCCGCGCGUAUGAUCGCUGAUGUCUCUGUUUCCGACAAGAUCGUGGUCGAGAAAUCGACUGUCCCUGUCAAAACAGCUGAAGCCAUUGAAAAAAUUCUGACGCAUAACAGCAAAGGAAUCAAGUUCCAGAUUCUUUCGAAUCCGGAGUUUCUUGCGGAAGGAACCGCGAUCAAAGACCUUUUUAACCCUGACCGUGUUCUCAUCGGAGGGCGGGAAACACCGGAAGGGUUUAAAGCGGUUCAGACGCUCAAGGACGUGUAUGCACAUUGGGUUCCUGAGAACCAAAUCAUAACUACCAAUCUCUGGUCAGCAGAGCUUUCAAAGCUUGCGGCAAACGCUUUCUUGGCUCAACGGAUUUCGUCUGUCAACGCUAUGUCGGCUCUAUGCGAAGCCACCGGUGCAGAUGUCACGCAGGUGUCGUACGCUGUUGGUACCGACUCGAGAAUCGGUUCCAAGUUCUUGAACUCGAGCGUUGGAUUCGGGGGUUCGUGUUUCCAGAAGGACAUUUUGAAUCUCGUCUACAUCUGUGAAUGCAAUGGACUACCCGAAGUGGCUGAGUACUGGAAGCAAGUCAUCAAGAUCAACGAUUACCAGAAGAGCCGGUUCGUGAACAGAGUUGUUUCCUCCAUGUUCAACACCGUGUCCAACAAGAAGAUCGCGGUUCUUGGAUUCGCGUUCAAGAAAGACACCGGAGACACUAGGGAGACACCAGCCAUCGACGUGUGCAAGGGUCUUUUAGGAGACAAGGCGAGGCUGAGCAUUUACGAUCCGCAGGUGACAGAGGAUCAGAUCCAGAGGGAUUUGUCGAUGAACAAGUUCGAUUGGGACCAUCCGCUUCAUCUGCAGCCGAUGAGCCCAGCGACGGUGAAACAAGUGAGCGUGACUUGGGACGCAUACGAGGCAACUAAAGACGCGCACGGUAUCUGCAUCUUGACCGAGUGGGAUGAGUUCAAGAACUUGGAUUACCAGAAGAUCUUUGACAACAUGCAGAAACCGGCUUUUGUGUUUGAUGGAAGAAACAUUAUGAAUCUUGAAAAGCUAAGGGAGAUUGGUUUCAUUGUAUACUCCAUUGGUAAGCCACUAGACGCGUGGCUCAAGGACGUGCCUGCCGUUGCCUAAUAGUAAUAUCCAUUUGUCAUAUUUUGGUUCACACUUGUGAUCAUUGUCGAGUCUUUGAGACUUGUUACUGCUUUUUUUCCUUACAAUGUUUUUGUAUGAAACCUCUCAUAGUCUCAUUAUAUGAUUCGUCUGAUGUAUUCGAAUUGAUUCCAUUUAUAAGUCAGCUUCAGUUUUGUUGUUUCUUUAGAAAAACUAAAUAAAAAACUUACUUCGUCAUCUGUUACAGGACUGAUCUGUUAGUCCGGUGGCUUUGUGAUGUUUUG